CUCCCACCCACCCCGCUGCCGCCGCGCCGGUGGCGUUUGUGCAUGGUUCCGUGGUCACUGGUGCGUACGAGGUAGGUAGGUACCGACGAGAAGCGCAGUACGUAGCACCAGCAGCAGCAACGGUAGUAGUGGGAAAAGUUACAGAGACAAGGCGAGGUUUCGAGACGUCGGGCUGCUUCUUCUCCUCCGCCUUCUUCAACAGCAGCAGGUACAGUACAGUACAUACCUUAUUAGUACUCCCGCCUGUCAAAAUCCAUUUUUUCGACAGGCGAUCCCGACUGACUGACUCUUUUGCUUGCAUCCUACUCGCUGGCCGGGGCUCCAUCCACAUCAGUCAGUCAGUCCCGUCCGUCCGUCCUCCUCACCACCGUCCUCCUCCUCCCGUCCCUCCACCUGCUCCUCCUCCUCCUUCUCCUCCGCCUGUCACGGGCCGUCCGUCUCAUCAUCCAUAGCGCGCGCCUUUCUGCACUCCAGGGGUGCUAACCAACAUCUCACGUGCCCACCUGUUCGUCGCCGUCGUCGUCUUCUCCUCACCGGCCCGCGCUCGCCGUCGUCGCCUCCGAAUUCCCGAAGGAAAGAAAGCCGGCCUCUUUUCUUCUUGCUGCUCCUCCUCCUCCGUCUGUGCGUGCUGUGGUGAUUCCGUAGUCGCCCGCGCCCGCGCCCACCGUCCCCGGCCUCCUCCCCCCGGGUCUCUUCAACAACACCAACCUCCCCUUCCUCCCCCCCUCUCUAACAGGAGGAGAGCGGUCGGUCGCACACCUCUCUUUAAACCCGCCCGCCAGCCAGCCAGUCUGGUCGAUCGAUCACAGCAUCAUGGCGCGCUCCGACUCCAAGCACGACUCGUCCAGCGCCAGCAACAUGGACCCCAAGCUCGAGCACCUGCGCCAGCCGCCGCGACUGUCGGUCGGCGAGGCCGAGACGGCCGACCAGCUGCUCGAGAACCUCGGAUACAAGCCCGAGCUGUCGCGCAACCGCUCCACGCUCCAGGUCGCCUUCAUGUCCUUUGUGCUCGCCUCCAUCCCCUACGGCCUCGCGACCACGCUCCUCUACCCGCUCGCCGGUGGCGGCCCCGUCAACAUCAUCUGGGGAUGGGUCCUCGUCUCCCUCAUCAUCGUCUGUGUCGCUGCCUCGCUUGGUGAAAUCACGAGUGUCUAUCCCACUGCCGGAGGCGUCUACUACCAGGCCUUUAUGCUCGCGCCCGCCAAAUGGCGCCGCGUCGCGAGCUGGGUCUGCGGCUGGGCCUACGUCGUGGGCAACAUCACCAUCACCCUCGCCGUCAACUUUGGCACGACCCUCUUCUUCGUCGCGUGCAUCAAUGUCUUCGAGACGGAGCCCGGCGUCGGCGUCUUCGCCGGCGAGCCGUACCAGGUCUUCCUCAUCUUCCUCGGCAUCACCAUCCUGUGCAAUGCCGUGUCUGCCCUGGGCAACAAGUGGCUGCCGUGGCUCGAUACCGCUGCCAUCUUCUGGACCUUUGCCGGCGUCAUCGCCAUCAUGAUCACGAUCCUCGUCCUCGCCAAGGGCGGCCGCCACGACGCCAAGUACGUCUUUGGUCACUUCGAGGCCAAUUCGGGCUGGCCUAACGGCUGGUCGUUUUGCGUCGGUCUUUUGCACGCCGGCUACGCCACUUCGUCGACGGGCAUGAUUAUCUCCAUGUGCGAAGAGGUGCAAAAUCCCUCGGUCCAGGUCCCCAAGGCCAUGGUCGCGACCAUCUUCAUCAAUACCUUUGCCGGCCUCCUCUUCCUCAUCCCGCUCGUCUUCGUCCUGCCCGACAUCCAGAUGCUCAUCGCGCUCCCCUCGGGCCAGCCCGUCCCGACCAUCAUCAAGGAGGCCGUCGGCUCCAGCGGCGGCGCCAUCGGCCUGCUCAUCCCGCUCAUGGUGCUCGCCCUGCUGUGCGGCAUCGGCUGCACCACGGCCUCGUCGCGCUGCACCUGGGCGUUUGCCCGCGACGGCGCCAUCCCGGGUUCCAAGUGGUGGAUGAAGGUCAACCGCAGCCUCGACGUGCCCCUCAACGCCAUGAUGCUGUGCGCCGUCGUCGAGGUGCUCCUCGGCCUCAUCUACUUUGGCUCCUCGACCGCCUUCAACGCCUUCUCCGGCGUCGGCGUCAUUUCUCUCACGGCCUCGUACGCGACCCCCAUCGCCAUCAGCCUGGCCACCGGCCGCAAGCAGGUCCAGGGCGCCGCCUUUUACCUCGGCCGCUGGGGAUACCUCCUGAAUGUUGUUGCCAUCGCUUGGUCCCUGCUCGCCCUGCCGCUCUUCUGCAUGCCCUCCAUGAUCCCCGUGACCGCCGCCACCGUCAACUACGCGCCCGCCGUCUUCGUCGCCGCGAUUGGCGUCUCCGCCCUCUGGUACUGGGUCUGGGGCCACAAGAACUACGCCGGCCCGCCCGUCGCGGGCGAGCACCAGCACGCCCUGUAGUCGUCGGCGCGGGGCCAACUGUGUGUGUGUGUGUG